UCACAUCUGUUCAUUCUCUUUAUUUAUAAGUUCGUGUUCUGUUUUGCCCUGCGCGCAGUUUUGCACAGGAACUGAGCUGAAUUGAGAGAGAGAGAGAGAGAGAGAGAGAGAGAGAGAGAGAGAGAGAGAGAGAGAGAGAGAGAGAGGGUAAGUGACAUGGAUGCUUGUUUUCUUACAUCAAGAUCAAUCUCUGUGACCAAAGAGCUUGUGCCAUUCAUCAAAGCCAGACCCUUUUCUUGUCCCAAGAGAAACUCCGGCCAGUUUCUGACCAGGAAGCUUGCUUCUUCUCCUGUCUCUGUAAAUUGCUUGCAUUCGGAUUCAUGGAAGCCCAUGGAUGAUGAUAAUGAUCUCUACAAGAGCAAUGAUUCAACAGCAGAUGCUGACUGGAGAGAGUUCAGAGCAAGGCUCGUGGCCGGAGAACAAGCCGCAACCCCUGGCAUGGACCUCACCAUGAACUUUCCAUCAUCAUCAUCAUCCACAAUCGGAGACAAAUGGGCACACAAGAUCCAUGAGCCAGAGAGAGGUUGCCUCCUGAUCGCCACCGAGAAGUUAGACGGGGUUCACAUCUUCGAAAGAACAGUGAUCCUCCUCCUGUCGGUCGGCCCAUCAGGCCCUAUAGGGAUAAUCCUCAACCGUCCAUCGCUAAUGUCGAUCAGGGAGACAAAAUCAACGGUCCUGGACGUGGCAGGAACAUUCUCAGACAAGAGGCUAUUCUUCGGAGGGCCAUUAGAUUUCAACAAGAUCUGUGUGGUGUGAAGGAAGAGGAGUAUCGGUUGCUUCGGAGUGUUCAGGGAAGUGAUGAAGGGAUUGUACUACGGAACGAGAGAGAGCAUAGGAUUGGCGGCAGAGAUGGUGAAGAGGAACUUGGUCGGAAGGAGUGAGUUCAGGUUCUUCGACGGGUACUGUGAAUGGGACAAGGAGCAGUUGAAAGAGGAGAUCUUUGGUGGGUAUUGGACGGUGGCCGCUUGUAGUGCUAGUGUUAUUGGGCUUGGUAAUAAUGUCAAUAGUCAUGGGCUUUGGACUGAGGUUCUUGGGCUUAUUGGGCCUCACACCGGCUCUGUCAUCUAAUUCUAUAUCUAUCCAUGUAUGUAUGGUUUGUGGUCAUGGUAUAUCAGUAUUUUUUUUUUUUUGGGUAAUUUUAUGAUUUACCAGAGAUUUGAUUGUU